AUGCCAAGCUCUGCAAGGCUGCCUCCGUCUGGGAUCAAGGUGAUCAUUGUGGGUGCUGGUUUUGCAGGACUUUGUGCCGCGAUCGAAUGUGACCGGAAGGGCCACUCAGUGAUUUUGUUGGAAAAGGUUCCCGAGCUCAAACCCCUGGGAGAUAUCAUCAGCUUCUCAUCGAAUUCAGGCCACAUCUUCGAGAGAUGGGAAGGUGUGGUCGAAGAACUCGAACCAAUCAGCCACCACAGCGGCGGACUUGAUUUUCACGACUGGAUGGGUAAUUUCUGUACCAGGCAGGUAUGGGACGUUGAGAAGCAAUGGGGGAGACGGAUCAACGGUCACAGAGGUGAAAUUCACCUUAUUGUGCUUAAACAUGCCAAGGCACGAGGGAUCGAUAUUCGACUUGGCCAACAAGUCACCGACUACUUCGAGUCAGAUACGGAAGCAGGAGUCGUCGUGAAUGGCGAGAGAAUGGUUGCAGAUUGUGUUUUCGCUGCCGAGGGCGUGAAAUCGGCAGGCAGAAAGAUCGUUUUGGGCUUCGAGGAUCGACCUAAGCCCUCCGGUUAUGCAGUCUAUCGUACUUGGUUUCCGUCCGAUGACCUGGCCAAGAAUGAAAGAACAAAACAUCUCGUGGUGAAUGGUGACUCGCAUUCUGGCUGGAUUGGCGAAGACAAGCACUUUCUUGCGGCAUCGAUCAAAAACGGGACUGAAUUCAGUUGGGUGUUAACGCACAAGGACGAAGCUGACAUCGACGAGGACUGGCAAUUCCCCGGUAACAAGGACGAGGUCAAGAAGAAUCUGGUCGGCUGGGCCCCAAUCGUCCACGACAUUGUAGACGCCACACCUCCAGACCGGCUUGUCGACUACAAACUGGUCUUUCGAGAUCCCUUACCAACAUUCAUCUCACCCAAGGCGCGGAUUGCUCUGAUAGGUGACGCUGCACAUCCGUUCCUUCCUACCUCAAUCCAAGGGGCAAGCCAAUCCAUGGAAGACGGGGUGACCUUAGCAAUCACUCUCGAGAAGAGCGGUAAAGAAAAUGUCCCUCUAGCCCUCCGAGCAUACGAAGCUAUCCGGUAUGAACGCGUCCACAAAGCCCAGAAGACCGGUGUGACGACACGGGAACAGUGGCACAAGGCCGAUUGGGAUCGAAUAUGGAAGGAUCCGAAGUCGCUACAUCUGAAACGCGAUGCGUGGUUGCUGGACUUUGACGCUGAAACCCAUGCAUAUGAAGUUGUUGAUGAUGUUUUGAAGAAAUUGGGGCAAGGGUCCCAUGUUAAGAUGGAUGGCCUAUCGGAGCCAGCCUCAAACGGGAUUCAAGCAGCGUUGGCUCAAGAGGCAGACCAGCUUGCGUAG